GCCAGCGGUGAAGCAAUAGAUGAGGAUGCAGCUGUCAAGGCAGAGGCGCCAGACUCAGAACAGUCUGAGCUAGACAAGGCAAAGGCAGACUUCAACAAGGCUACAGGUGCACUGCUUGAGUUGCUAGUGGAUUUGGUUGCCGGAAAGCAUCUGGAUGAUUGCAAGGAUUUGGCGAAGAACGACACAAAGGGAGACAGCAGUGAAUCUGCCGCGGCCAAGAGGGAGGAGACUUGGAAACAAGUGCAGGCAGAGAGACGAAAGAGCUUUGCCUCGAAAGAUCACUUGACCAAUGCCUUCCGACAAUGUGGCAAAGUGCACAGCCAUUCUGGCCAACUGAAUUCAAGCCACCGCUUGCUUACAGCUUCAGCUGAUUUGCUCAGCGAGCACAAGGAUGAACCUUGGCUGACCCAAGCGUGCCCAGACAAGACCGCAUGGAAAGCCAUUGUGGAGUUUUGCGGCUCCUGCACAGGCUCUUCUGACUUCGCGCUGGUCUUUGAUGGCAGGAUGCGUGAAGUGAGGUUUCCUGUCUCCAGACUUCGGAUCAAGACGGCCAAGAAGGAAAGGUUCACUUCAUGCGGAGAAGCGACUAAUUAUCAAGGGACAUACAGUGGGGUCAAGUUUCGACCUGCCUCAGAGCUGCCCUUAAUUUCCUCUCAGGAGAAGGGGAAGGUUCUGGCCACAGCUGUCCCAGCCGUCCCUGCCGUCAAAGCAGCUCCAGACACAUGGAGGGAUCUUCACGGCGAAGACGUGCCUUUGUUUUGGCAGGAGGGCAAGCCCAUUUGCUUCUACAUUGCCCUGCUUGACGAGCUGAAGAUUAAGGCUGUCUUCGAUGUCACGCCAGGGACAGGAGCCUUGAUGGAGGCAUGCCUGACACGAGGCGUGCAAUACCACGGCCUAUGCCUCAACAGAGACCACCUGUCCUUGCUACAGGCUAUUGCAGACAGGGCAGCUUGUGGGCUUGCCUCUGUGCAAGCAUCCAGCCUCUACUCAGAGGCGCUUGCGAAGGACAUCAAAAGCCAUUUUCCAGAUGUGCUCCUUGCACUCGUGCCGCAAGCCAAUGAGGAUGAAGAUGUCUUGGAGCCUGCGAGCGGUGACGAGACUAAGAAAAGGCCAAAGGGCGACCUUACUCAAAGGAUGGCAGCUGUCCGAGACGGAUUUGCUCCAAAAGCUUGUCGGCCAUUUGCGCUUUUCCUGAAGAAGCACAGCGAAGUGCCCAAAGGGUCUUCAAGAGAUUGCUUUGCCAAGGAAAUGCAAAGGCUUGGAAAGCUGUGGGCCAGCUUACCUGAAAAUGAAAAAGCAAAAUACAGGGCCUUAUGCGUGGAGGAAUAUGCCAGGCAGCGCGAUUCCUUGAAGCAGAGCGGGCUUGGAAAGGUGCGAAGGCAACCUGCCAAGCCUCAGCAGGAGCCUUUGAAGCCUGCCAGUGAAACACAGCUUCCUGCUGCAGAGAGGCCAACACCCUUCCACAACUUUGUUCCUGUAGCAGAUCCAAGCAACACACAGCAGUGUGUUCUGCUGGGAGAGGGAAGCUAUGGCUGUGUCAUGCUUUGCCAUCACCUUGAUGGUCGGAAAUGCGCAGUCAAAGUGUUCAAAGGCAAAUCUGCCAUUCGUGACAUGCAGUGGGAAGCAUCGCUCAUGAAGCUUUGCGUGCAGGCGCCGGAAGCCCACUGGUUUCCAUCAUUGUGGGAAGCAUCAGUGCAUAGCAAGCCGUUUCAUUCCCUGGCUUUAGAACUUUGGGGGUGCUCCUUGUUGGCUUUGUUGCAGCAACAGUCAGGUGGCUUUGAGGAGGCAACUGUCAAGUCAAUUGCGUUGCAAUUGCGAGCCGCCCUCCAGCAGCUUCAUUGCUUGUGCAUUUUGCACUUAGAUGUCAAACCCGGGAACAUUCUUUGGCUGUCAGAAGCUUCACACUUGAAGUUGACCGACUUGGGUAUGUCUGAAAGGCUAGCUUCCCAUGAUGGGACAGACGAGAUCCAGCCACGCUACAUUGAGUAUGUCAGUGCCCACUAUCGACCGCCCGAGCUUUGGAACGCAUCCAUUGAUGAUUUGCGCCGGCAUCUUCAACCAGCUGUAGACCUGUGGUCAUAUGGCAUUGUAGUGUAUGAGUGCGAGUCUGGAACACAUUUGAUGGCACCUCUGAAGCCAAAGGGCUCCUGCAAGCAGACCAUCCAAGCUUGGUGCUCCUGCUGGAAGUGGCUUUCAAGCACAUCAGCCUCGCUGUCCCAGCUGUCCCAGCAGUCCAAAGCAGGGGCUGAAGGGUGCUUGCUCCUCCGCUUGUCUAUGGCAAGGCUGCAGCGCCAUUUGGUUUUGAGCGCUCUUUCUCCCAAUCCUUCUGCACGGCAAUGGACAAAUGCCCAUGCCUGACAGGCCGUUCUUUUCAGGCUGAGCUUUUCAAUGACAAGUUAGAUUGAGUUCUUACAGGGGUGUUCAUCUUGCUUGC